AUGAAAUUGGCCAAGAACAGACAAUCUGCUAGGGAUUCAAGAAAGAGAAGGAAAAUAGAUGUAGAGCUUUUUGAAAUCAAAGUAACUGAACUUAGUAAACAAAUCUAAGUUCUCCAAAAAAAUCUCGAUUAACAGAAUAUAUUUAUUACUGAUUGUGUCAAUAUAUUAAAGUGUAAUAAUAAAAUUAAUUUUCUAAUGCUUCCACAAAAGAAUAAUAAGGUUCAUCUAAUUAAUCUUAUAAUGCCCUCCUUGUAAGUUAAUUACCUCUAAAUUUAGAUAUCAGAUUUUAAUUUGAGUUCUAAAAAUUUAUUCUAAACUUUAAGUAAGUAUAUAACAAAAAAAUAUUUGUAAAUUUUGGAAGAAUAAUUCUGGGUGAAUUCAGAGAAGAGAGAUUGUUUAUGUAAACUCAUAUUCAAUACUUGGUUCAUCAUGUCUUACCAUUUGAUUUGA